CAUGUGGGGCCCUCUUUAAGUAUCAGAUGAGAAGUUAGAAAGGCGGCUUUUAUCUUCAUCGCAGAUUACUGGACAAACAUGGCGAAGAAACGGACGAGAAGUGAUCCUGACAUGCACGCAACCGAGAGUAAAACGGCCAAGACUGUGGAAAUAGAGUUCACGGGGACUCAGUUUAAAAGCAUGUUACAAACCCCUGAGAGAGUGGAGAAAGGUUUAGCAACCUUCAUUUCCAUAGCCAAGAAAUUGCCUUGCUCUGAAUUGUAUGAUGUUGUGGAUGGAUACAUAAAAAUUUCAGCUGAAUGUGCAGAAAUCUUUAAGCUUCUUGAUGGAGGGGGUCGGCCAGAAAAUGAGAUGGUUCUGAUUUUUCAAGCUUUGGAGGCCAUUUUGCUGAGGACCGCCAGUGACCUUACACAUUUUAGUGCAGUGGGGAUGAACAUAGUGAAGACAUUGCUGCAUAAUCACAUGAAGUUAAUAUAUAUGGCACUCUACUCAGCAAGUCACAGGUAUUCCCGAGUGUGCUUGGGUUUAAUGUCUGCAAUGGUGAGCCAAGGUCCAGAUGCUGCCCGAGACUUCUUGAGCCAAUUUGAUUUCAACAGCAAAAUGCUGCCAUACUUAUUGAAAAAGAGAGAAAAAACGGGGAGGCCUGAUGUCCGCGUGGCAUAUAUCCAGUUCGCAGUUUCAUUUCUAAUUGCUGGUGACCACAAUAUUAUUAGCCAAGUCCUGGAGUUAAAAGAUUUCAUUACAGAUAUUUUCACUUCUGGACUAAAAGAAGAUCGGAUUUCUGUCAUAAAUUUACUUUUGUCAACUUUAAAAGCAAAGGUUGUCCAAAAUAAAGCCAUAAGUAAAACACAGAAGGUUCGUCUUUUCAACGUAGGUGUUUUGAACCAUAUUGCAUCAUUAUAUCACUGGCGUGGAAUUGUUGAUGUCCAUGUAAAUGUUGACAAGAGUGCCCAAUAUUCCUUAGUGGCCGGGAGAGACUUGGUUCGAGAAGUUGUACACAGUUUCUUGAUUGAUCUCUGCUGCUCUUUGAAACAUGGCAUCAAUUUCUAUGAUUCUAGUCUGGGUACAGCUAAAAGGGGAGGAAACCUGGUACUGCUGAGAUUUCUGUUGAGCUUGAAAACAGCUACAACAGAUGCGCUGGUGGCUGACCUGAUGGUGAACAUCCUCAAAGUGUGUCCUGAUUUACUAAACAGAUUCUUCAAGGAGACACAAUAUUCCUUUGCUCCUAGACUUAAGACAGUCUGGCUGGACAAUAUCAAACUACUCCGAAAGAUUUACGAUGCCCAGCCAGAGAUUUCCAAAGCCUUCAGCACAAAAGAGUUCAUCCCAAUCCCCCGUCUCCUCUCUAUGGUGAUGGUCACGACACAACCUCCAGUGGCUACUAAAGCCAUGUUUACUCAGGGAAUCAAUUUUGCUAAUAAAGUAGUUCAACACACUACCUUCUCCUUGCUUGCAUAUUUUAUGAAGAGGGCUCUGAAAAACAUUGAGCAUUGCCUGAAUGAAGAAGCGUGGCAGAACUCUGAGAUUUACACUCCGAGUACAAUGGAGGACUUUGCGCAGCAGUACAGAGAGACCCUCAGCAAGCAUUUGCCAGACAUGAAUAGCAUCGUAGCUACAUGGCAAUCCCUUGUAAAAAAUGAAGAAAAAGAAGAUGGAAAAGGAGAACAGGGAGAUGAGAAAGGCACAAAAAGCAUCACUGCACCAGAGGAAGCAAAUGAAAUAUCAGAUAUUACAGAGCACCAUGGUGGAGAUAAUGCUGAGACCACUGUUCUGAAGGCAACUGUGCUCCAGGUUAUGUGUCUUUACCAGAAAGUGGUCCCUCAUAUGGUUUCACAGUGUACAUUUGAUUUCAGUAAAUUGCUUAAAGGUAUCGUGAGUGAGAAGGGAGUGAGACAGGAAAUUGCUCCUGUUCUACAGCACCAUAUACUGCAGCUUGCCCUGGAGCUGCCUGCCAAUAAGUUUGCAUGGUUCAGAGUUCAGGAUGUAACAAAUACGGAUAAGAAUAGUGGAGAACAGUCAGUGUUUUAUUUGUUGAUUAAAAUGUAUGUGACUAGCAAGAGCGCUCAACUACAAACAUCAACCAAGCGCCUUAUUAUAAAGGUUUUAAGGGAGAGUGGAAUUUUUGAAUACACCUGGAAAGAACUAGAAAUGUGGAUGGAAGGUCUUUGGUCUGUUUCUGAAUCGGAACAAGAGAGUGUCAUUUUAUUUCUUGAAAGAGCUUUGACAAAGUUAAUAUCAAACCCAUAUCCUUACACAGACAAGAUUUCAGACGUAAUACAAGAAGCUAGCAUGCUGCAAGCAAACUUUGGUGGACAGGACUCGGAUACUGUCAGUUUGCCUAUCUCGCAUAUUGAUGAUGUUCUGGAUAUGGUAGACAUUAUUAUGGAGACCAGCGAAGGUCUGAAUGAUGAAGUUGGGUUUGCUCUAAGCAAGGAUAUGAUUGCACAGACCUUCCCUUUCAGUGCUUUGGUCACAGCCGCUCUAGAAACGAAGAACAAAAUUAUUUCAGAAAACAGUAAUGAAACAGAUGAUGUUUUGAGGUACUUUUCUGCUGUUAUGACUGACAUUCUACAUGUGCAACAAGAUCCAUUGGCUUUGUGUCUAGUAUUACAGAUGUAUGACAAGGAAUUGGAUUCAUUGCCUGAAAACCUAGCUGCGCACAAAAAUAAUCUCCAGCUGCACAAAUAUUAUAGUCUCUGGAUCCCACAGCAAGCCAGGGAAACACUGUUUGAACGAUUUGGCUCAGAUACGAUCGAUCCUGCUCCAUUGAAAGAUGCUUCAUUCCGCAAUCUUCUAAUGGGCGCAUAUGGAACUGGAGCCAGCACCCUCCUAAGUGAAGAGGUGAAAGAAGAUUUGAAGCAGGCAGUUACAAAAUUGCAUCUGUGUGACCUAGUUCUGGCCGUGAAACAGGUGAUUUUGUACAUCCGAACCUCCGUGGAGAACUUUAGAAAAUUAGGAAGAGGCACUGGCUUAGCACUGAUUAGACUAUUUAUGGAUCUCUUAAAAUUGCUGUUACUGAGAUGUGAACAGAUUGAUGACAUAAUGGAGAUGAAAUUCACAAAAGAAAGUGAAACCAAUCUCUUCAACAACCUCGAUCCUGCCAUAGAUGGAGAACUAACGAAGGAACAGGUUCUGGAAAGUAUGUUGUCGGCAAUUUUUAAACACCCAACACUAGAACAGUGGUUCUUGGCUUUGGAAUUACAAACUCCACCACUACACAGCCUGAACCCCAUCAGUUUCAAAAUGCUGUCAGCCCAACUUACUUCUAGCACCCUGAGCCUCCUCCAACAGAGUGCACCAUCUUUGGAUAGACUUGGCUGCAUGAAUGUAAUGUUAACUUAUUUUAAAGCUAUAGCAGAAAGUGCAUUGAAGGAACUUGAAAUGAAAAAGAUUGCUAAGGUGAAAUCAACAGUGAGUGAUAAGAAGUCCUUAUCUUUAGAAGGCCUAGAGAUUUUGCAUGGCUAUAUGAAUACAGCUCAACUCAAAGAGGUUGUGGCAUCCAUGUUGGAACUCCCAGAAGAAGUUUUAGUCAUUCAGAGUAAACCUGAGAAUGGAGGUGAUGGAAUGAAACAGUUAAGCUUGUAUGGAAAAACUUUGGUCAAGAUCCUUACAGAAAAUAACCAGGAGACUCCAGACAGAGGCGAGCUAAUGCUAUCAUGUAACCAUUUCAAUGCUUUAGGAGCACUCUUGCAGUCCUCUAACAGUGAAGAGUUGAAGAAUGUUCUUCUUGAAGCCCUAGAGAAAGAACCAAUCUUCGCACAGCUUGUGAGACCAGAUGUGUUUGCUCAUUGCUUGAAUCACAUGACUGAAACUUCCCUUGCCAUUUGCAAGCUCCUCAUUCGGCAUAGUAGGACUCACCUUUUACAAUUGGAACUUUGGUGCUUAGAUGUAGGCAGAAUGAAACAUCUCCGGAAAAAUAUGGAAGUUUAUCUUUCACUUCUUAGCACAUAUCUACAGUACCGAGGAAAGAGUGACCAAUCCCGACCAAAGAAAGUACUUGCAGAUGUCCUGAUGGUAAUCAGACAGGCCACAUGGAAGAAACUUGUUAGCUCCAUUGCAUCAGAUGAUCCACCCGAUAAAGCUGAUUUACAGAUGCAAGUACUUGCCAGAUUAGUGCAGCUAUUAUCAUCACGCGAAGAUGUGUCAUGUAUUAUGGAACAGCUACCUGCCGUGCUGGAGAAAACAGCAAAUUCUUCAAGAUGGACUUUGGCAGAUGCAGUCUCCAAUACACUGGAGGAACACCCUGCGGACCAAAGAUCCUGGAGAAAAUCCCUAUUAAAGGCCUGUCUCCGAUGGAUAAUAGGCAUCUACAGCAGCAACAACGUGCAGGAGGAGAACAUGAAGGAGACUGAAAUGGUGAUGCUGACCAGGUUACAGGAGCUGGUGGUUUCAGUUGGUGAGGUCAACUCAGAUGAUUGGAGCAGUUUUUUAAAGAAAGGACUAAAGUAUCGCUACAGGGAUUGGGCAUUUAUGGAAGCCCUCCAUAAAUUAAUACAAGUGUUGUAUGAGAAUGAAGAUCUGGGUCAAAGUUUGAUCCCACUGCCUAUGAUUCAUGUGAUGGUGACAAAUCACUCCCUGUUUCUGCCAGUCAUGCUGGGGGCCAAAGAGGAUUCGGAUGAAAAUGCAAAAGCAAAAGAUGCUCUAGUUGAUGUGUUACUGGUUUUGGUCAGACAAUGUCCAUCUGUGUGCAACAGCAAUCAUUUUGCUGUUUUACUGGGGGCUUAUGGAGCAACACUCAGUAACACAGAUCAGAAACUGCUGAUGAUCCUACAGUCUUAUGAGAAAAACAACAUAAGUCUUGCUGAGUUUGGGCUGCUAUUAUGGGGUCCAGCUGCUGUUGAACACCACAAGAUUCGCAAGAGCCUGGGAAAGUCCUUGUGGCAACAACCAAGUAUGGAGGAAAUCCUAACGCUUCUGGACAGGGAGAAAAUGUUCCAGACAAUUAUUAACUUCCCUCAGCAUCGCUGUAUCUUGCCAGAGGAUGGAAAAACAUUAGUAUACAAAGAGUACAGUAUUAAAGAGCCCCACAAUAUCUAUGACCCUUGUUUCUUACUGCCUCUCUUUAGUGGAUUAAUUGCACCAGAAGCUGUGGUAGACUGCUGCAAGUUUGUGGAUGUUAAUGCUUUGGGAUUAACUAUAGCAGCUCUUAGCAGUUAUGAUCCUAAAGUGAGAGCUGCUGCCUAUCACAUCCUGGGUAAUUACUACAUGCAUCUAGAGGCUGCUCAUUUUAGGGAAAAGCGGCAGCUACUGUAUCUAUUGGAUGUGGUGAAAAAUGGGAUCCGACAACCGAAUGCCAGGUUCACUUUUUGCUUGGCACUUUACGUUGCUAAAGUUGCUCAACAGAUGCUUAGACCAGAGGAACACAUGUACAUGAAGCUUAAUAGUUUCCUACUGGCGCAUCAGUAUUUGGAUUUAAAGAAAGUGCCUGGGUUUUUCAAGUUUUUCUACAGUUUUGACAUGGAGCACAAGACCGAACGUGAAUGGCUCUUUGAACUCCUUAUCAAUAGCUUAAAGGACAAGCACUGCUAUGAGCUUUGCAAACAUCAGAAAAUUAUCCAUGUUCUCCUAGCCUUUUUCAACAGCCCAUUGUGUGAUGAGACGGCAGAGAAACAGAUUAUCCAGAUUCUGCUACGUGCUGCGCACAUCACAAAAGCAGCAUAUCAGCUAAUCAGCGACCAUAACCUACUGACAUGGAUAUUGCAUACCUUACAAAGAAGGUUUUUAGAGAACAGAUUGAUAUCUGAGUUAAUCUCACUGCUGCACACUUUGUGGUUCACUAACCUAGGAAAUAAAGAAAAGACUAAGAGGUUUCUGCCUCUUCUGCUCAUAAAUGAAUUUCUCUACAUUCUGACUGUUCUGAUACAGCUCAUUUGGAUAAAGAUUGACACCAGCACAUUUACAGAAUUUUUACAGAUAUUGAGUUCUGUUUUGCAUCAUCGCUCUGGUGCUUUUGAUGACUACAAGGAAAUGGGAUGGAUUACCAUAAAUGAAAGAGUUCUGUCUCACACAGAGGCCUUGUUACUGUUACAUAAGUGGAGUAUUGUGGGAAGGGAGUCCCAUUUACAGGAGGCCUUGCAAACUCUGGCCCAUAAAUACAAUGUUAAGGAAUUGCUAAAAAUUAUCAAAGAGAGGAACAAACCUAAAGUACUUGGCUGUGGAGUAUCUCGGUACAGCAGAAGGAAGAAAGGUGAUGUGCAAGAGGAUACGGAGAAUGAAGCAGAAGAGUCCUGUCUAGAGAGCUGUAAAACCUCAUUGAGGUCCAUAUUCACUAAUUGGGAUGCAGUCUUCCCAGAUGAAACUUUUGACUCCCAGGAAAGGCAGGCGGAAGUAGACAGUGCCAUUAAAGCAACCACAUGUGUGAUGGUUAAAUGGGUUAUCGAGUCGGGAAUUGAAAGUCCAAUGACUGAAUCUCAGAGUUUUGCUGUAUUAAGAUGGCUUCAGAGAAAUAUUCUGUCUUGCGGUGCUGUGGCUCAAGAACUUCUGAAAGACAGUGCUUUAUGGCAUCAUCUUCUACGAUUUUAUAGUAGAGUCACCAAUGAAAUAGAUGGAGAUGGUUUGAGAGGGGACCUUUCAUGCUUCUUCACCAGUAUUAUGCUUCAGCUGCUGGAGAUUCGAGGCCUGGUAGACAAUGACAUAUACAAGAGUGUUAUCAAACCAGUCUGUCUCCCUGCACUAAAAGACCAGGAUCAUGAAAGGAAAGCUGCAACAUUGUCUCUGCUCUCUGAUUACUUGUGGGACUUGUGGCUUGGAAUGCGGGAACCUCAGCUCUUUCUGGCUCAUGUAAUGUUGAUCUCCAAGGCCUCUGAAGAAGCAUCAUGGUUUGAAAAGAGCCCUAAAGCUAAACAAAAGAAGUCAACGGAUGCCAUUGUGUCUCUCUGUAAAGACAUCCAUUCCCUUAUAGAAGGACAGUAGUUGAAAAGCUGCAUCUUUAGUUACACUCACUAGCAAAGACAGAUUUUAUUUUGCUAUAUUUUUACAGGAGAUCAGAGAAUUGAUACUUGCAUUGUUGAUUGUAUUGUGUGUAUGUGUGCUUUUGGCACCAUCAAGAGGUGCAGUAUUUUGGAUAUUAAGCCCGUCAGUGUUGAAAAUCUAUAAGAUUGUAAUAAAUCAUUACUGCUCUAAGUACAAAUUAGAAUGUAAAUGAAUAAUAGCUUUACUUUUCAAGUACAAUGGUUUCUCUGGAAUAAAUGGUAACCUGCA